GUCAGGCUCAUUUUUCCCUGGCCUCAGUUAUUCUGAGGAGCUUCAGCAUAUGUAAGACAUGGCACUAUGACUUUGGCUUUGUGGUUUGGUAAUGUGUGUUGUGGGUUUCUCGGGGCAUGCCUCAGGAAGCAGUGAACAUGCUGGAUAGAUGCUGCAUUUGUUAUGCCAUGUGUCUUAGAACUGGUAGGACCAGCAAAGGGGAGAAUGUAAGAGAGGCAAAGAAGUAGAAAAUGAGGGGGAUAAGGGGAUAAGAAAUGAGCAGCAAAAAAUGCUAAAGAGAACCCCCUCCUUCAGCUUCGGCACUGAAGAAAAAGUGGGUAUAGGAGGGAGUAGAUUUAUCCUCUCUCCCUUUUGAAAAACUUAGUUUUAGCUGCUGUUUCUGCAUACUCUAAGAACAAUCUAGGUUGCUGCACCCUGUUCCCCCUUCCAAGACAGAAACCAGAAGCAGUUAUAAACUCUGUUAUCAAGCCAAGACUUCUGUUUCUCCUGGAUGACUGAGAUUUAUUUAGCUUUUAUAUGUUUGUUUUUUUUUCUCAUCUUCCCAAUAAGUGCGUAGAUGAGACAGGUCAGGUAUGUUCUUGCAAUGUAUCAGCAAACAAUUUCAAAUAAAUAUAUGUAAAAUAGAUAUGAUCCAGGUGAGACAACAGAAUAUUUUAUAUAGUAAUGCCACUCCUUACACUGGCCUCCACAACAUACCAAGCUAAUUCAAGGCAUAGCUUUAUUCUUGCAUUUAAAAGGAACAUAAAAUAUUCCACCAGUGGCCAAUCCAUGGAGUGUAAGAAUAUGCCACAACUAACAAGUAAUAGUGUUAGGGCUCUGUCUAAAAAGGUAGAAGCCACUUGGUUGCUGCAGUGUUAAACAUGAGAUGCCUGGUUCAACUUCAGUAUUGCUGAUGCCAUUAUCACUUUAAAAAGAUGUUGGCAUAGAAAUAAAUACACUUCAUACUGCCUCAGUGUUGCUAUUCUUACCCUCUUCCCCCACUGAUGUUAUCAUCAUGUGAGGUCUAAUUUAGGCAUUAAUCUCCAAUAGCUCUUGUCACUUUACUGUCUAUUAUGUGCCAGUCCUACACCUGUGGUGCUAUAUAAAUGCUAAUAAUACAUCAAUAUGCUCAUUCUUUAUAAUUUCUGUAGGUGGAAUCCCAUCUGGUUUGUACAUGUCAAGUGAGAUGUUGGUGUGAAAAGGCCUUGCUGUUCAGAAUUUGUGAUGGUUUUUGAGCAGUUGGGAAAUGACAGAAAAAAGAAAAAAAAAAAAAGAAAAAGAUCAUGAAACUAGACGUGCUUAUCAUUUGAACAAAGGCAUCCAGCCGUAUUCUUAAAGCUGUGGCUUUGGAUGGAGCAGAAUACCCAAUUGGUGAAAUUCUUCUCUAAUCUCUGGCCUUCCUGAAAAGCCCUGGUGAAGUGAUUGGUACAUUAAGUGGUGUUUCUAGCUGUUUCUGAAUAUUUUCAUGUCAACAUAGUCUAUCUGAGAAAAUUUUGAUAGAUGGAGCACUGCCAUUUCUUUCACAGGAUCAGCCUCCUCUGGUCUCUCAGGAGUAAGCGGUAAGGCUCUGGGCUUCCAGAAAAGCUUUCCUGCUCUCAUCCCCAUCAGAGGUCUCACAUGGGCAGCUCCUCAGUUCAAAAAGAGCAGUCUUGGCUUCAGUGAUGUGCAGGAACCCAUCAGCAGGGAGAGAUGUGCAGGGUCAUGGUGAGUUUGUAUAAACCAUCUUGUCUUUUCUUUGGGCUGAGGUUAUGUCCUUUGCCAUGAGAUACUGAUGGAUUUGGUGGAAUUAGAUUGGCAAAACUAGAUCUGCAGAACCUUGUAAUCCAAAAUUAAAAAGUAAUUAAAAACAAAAACAGGAGAUUAUUUUGGAACUUUUCCGAGCUGAAAAUUGGAUGACGUCUGGAAGUGUCCCUAUUGGCUAAUCUAAAUUGUAUUCUGAGCUGCUGUAUUUAUCACUUGCCAAGGAUUACUGUAACCACAGAUUACUCGGGGGAACAAUUCAGUGCUUCUUCAGUAAAGAGAAAACAAAUUUUCCCUUUCCUCCAUUUCUUCUCUUGGCCACUUCCACUGAUUGUGAUUAAGCUAAAAACAGGAACCUUCAAAAGCAGAAAGUCUUGGUAAUUAGAAAUGAGUAGAAAUUAGUAGUGAAGCGUUGCUUGCAGUACAGGCUAGCUGUUUCUUUGUUACAGAGAUACACAGGCUGUCUUGUGGGGAGAGACUAAACCAGAAGUGUUGCACUGCACUCCGAAAAUCACAUCUUCAUCCCAGGCUUAGGGCUGGUUAGUCAUGGACCAGAGCCAAGGAUCACAGGAGCAAGGGGCAGCCCCGGGGCUGAGGGCGGGAGGAGGAGGAGGAAGAGGAGGAGGAGAAGGAAGGCAGCUGCAUGCCUGCCCUCUUUGCUGCCUGCAGAGCUGCCUGCCACUGCAGUGCCCGCAUGGCCAGGAACUGGGCCACCGUCCGCACGUGGCUGGGCUGCCCCGGUCUGCUGGGCUGCUUCUUGCUGGGCUUUCUUAUGGGAUGGUUUACAAAACCAAAUGAACCCCCCCCCAGCACUUCAGACAUCUAUGAAAAUGUGAGACAGAAACUUGUGGAUGAAAUGAAAGCCGAAAACAUCAAGCAAUUCCUUCGCUCCUUUACCAAGUUGCCUCACCUCGCAGGAACCAAACAGAAUCUUCUUCUUGCCAAACAAAUUCAAGGCCAGUGGAAGGAAUUUGGAUUGGAUUCAGCAGAACUUGUUCAUUAUGAUGUGCUUCUUUCUUACCCAAAUGAAACACAGCCAAACUACAUCUCAGUAGUUGAUGAUCAAGGCAAUGAGAUUUUCAAUACAUCUUCCUUUGAACCACCUCCUUGGGGAUAUGAAAAUGUUACCGAUAUACUGCCACCAUAUAAUGCUUUUUCACCACAAGGAAUGCCAGAGUCAGAUCUGGUAUAUGUGAAUUAUGGCCGCACUGAAGAUUUUUUUAAGCUGGAGCGUGAAAUGGGAAUUAACUGUACAGGAAAGAUUGUCAUUGCCAGAUAUGGGAAGAUCUUCAGAGGAAACAAAGUUAAAAAUGCCAUGUUAGCAGGAGCCCAAGGGAUCAUACUUUAUUCAGACCCUGCUGACUACUGUGCCCCAGGAGUAGAUCCCUAUCCAGAUGGCUGGAACCUUCCAGGUGGAGGAGCCCAGCGUGGGAAUGUGUUAAACCUGAAUGGAGCUGGGGACCCUCUGACACCUGGCUAUCCUGCAAAAGAGUACACUUUCAGAUACAAGCUUAAAGAGGGUGUAGGGAUUCCAAAGAUCCCAGUUCAUCCCAUUGGAUAUCAUGAUGCAGAAGUGUUACUACGUUCAAUGGGAGGACCUGCAGCUCCAGACAGCAGCUGGAAGGGAAGUCUCAAUGUGUCUUAUAACAUAGGGCCAGGAUUUGCAGACAGCUCUUCAACAAGAAAAGUCAGAAUGCAUGUUCAUACAGACAGUAAAAUAACACGAAUUUACAAUGUCAUUGGUGUCCUCAGAGGAGCAGUGGAACCAGAUAGAUAUAUUAUUUUUGGAGGUCACAGAGACUCCUGGGUGUUUGGUGGUAUUGAUCCAACUACAGGCGCAGCUGUUCUUCAAGAGGUUGUUCGGAGUUUUGGUAAAAUGAAGAUGGAAGGUUGGAGACCCAGACGAACUAUUAUUUUUGCUAGUUGGGAUGCAGAAGAAUUUGGAUUGUUGGGUUCCACAGAAUGGGCUGAGGAAAAUGCCAGAGUCCUCCAGGAACGGGCAGUUGCUUACAUCAACACAGAUUCUUCUAUAGAAGGCAACUACACAUUAAGAGUUGACUGCACCCCUCUUCUCUACAGACUGGUGUAUAAUCUAACUAAAGAGAUCUCAAGCCCUGAUGAGGGUUAUGAAAAGAAGUCUCUCUAUGAGAGUUGGCUUGUGAAAGACCCUGCACCUGAAAAUAAUAGUUAUCCCAGAAUAAACAAACUGGGAUCAGGCAGUGAUUUUGAAGUUUACUUCCAGCGACUGGGAAUUGCAUCGGGCAGAGUGCGUUACACCAAGAAUAGGAAAGCAGACAAAUUCAGCAAUUAUCCUGUUUAUCACACUGUGUAUGAGACCUUUGAGUUAGUGGAAAAAUUUUAUGACCCCACCUUCAAGAAACAGCUAGCAAUUGCCAAGUUACGAGGCAAACUGGUUUAUGAACUUGCAGAUUCCCAGAUCAUUCCAUUCGACUGUAGAGAUUACGGAGAAGCCUUAAAAGGAUAUAGCGAUAGAAUUUAUAAACUGGCCAAGAAACAUGAAGAACGGCUGAAAACUUACAAAGUGUCAUUUGAUGCUCUUUUUUCUGCUGUGGUGAACUUCUCAGAGGCUGCUGCUGAAUUUCACAGGAGACUUGAAAAAGUUGACAAGAAGGAUCCCAUUGCAGUGCGAAUCGUGAACGAUCAGCUGAUGUUUAUAGAAAGAGCUUUCAUUGAUCCUCUUGGCUUACCAGGAAGGAAGUUUUACAGACAUGUCAUCUUUGCUCCAAGCAGUCACAACAAGUACGCUGGCGAGUCCUUCCCAGGGAUCUAUGAUGCCAUGUUUGAUAUUGAAAGCAAAGCAGACCAGCAGGAAGCCUGGGAAGAAGUGAAGAGGCAGAUUUCCAUUGCAGCCUUCACUGUGCAGGCAGCAGCAGGGACAUUGAAGGAAGUAGCAUAGGACAAUGGCUUCAAAAAGCUGAAAUAGCAGAGUCUGAACGCCCUGCAGUCAGGCUGCAGUGAUCCAGUCUCUGCAAACUGCCUGCUGUACCUGAGCUCCCAUCGCACAGAUGUACUGGUAGGGGGAGCAGGAGCUCUGUGCUCCAGAAACUUUGCAGCUAGGAAUUACUGCUUCUCUGAUACUGGCAAAACUGUAACUUUAAGAACAACCCUGGAUGGAAGACAAUCUGUGGGGCAGGCAGGUGGGGAGAAGGAAUAUUCAAUUCUCAAUCAGAUUUUUUUCUGAAGGAUCUGCCAAUUUGAGAUCCCACAUCUUUUAGAUGUACAAUCUGGUUAUUUGCAAAGCUGUCUGCUAAUCUUGACCGUAGCACUGAUCAACAGCAUAUAUUUCAGCAAAAAAAUCAAGCAGUCCUCAGCAUAUACAUUUCUCUUGUUCUACUAAUGAUGUUUAUUAUACAAUACACCAAAAGCAUUUCUGCAUUUUAGUAUCCAUUCUGCAGGACUAGUCAGCACUCAUUUUGCAGACUUGCUUUCUUUCCCUGAAAAAAAUAAAAUAGUGGUCCUCUGA